CACAGAAAGAGGAAGAAUCAAAUCUUGUGUCUUCCCAAGAUAGACUCAUUCAUGUGGAAAUGACCGUGCUUUACUCAGGACAUUUUAGCAAGGCUCUUUAAGGACUCAAAAAAGAUUUUAAACCUACAAGACAAAAAUAUGGCAAGACCCAAUAAUUUCACCUACUUCACCAGAAAAUCUCUUGUUCUCACUGAAGAAUGUACUUCUACCAGGAAAAGUGAGGAGGAAGAAGGACUAGAGCCCCAUGGUGACUUCGAAGCUGGUAAACAGCUGCCAUUUUUUAAUGGCAAUAUACCUCCAAGCAUGGUGUCAGAGCCCCUGGAAGAACUGGACCCAUACUAUCUGGAUAAAAAUACUUUCAUAGUGUUGAAUAAAAGGAAAAUCAUUUUUCGAUUCAAUGCCUCCCCUGUAUUGUACAUUUUAACUCCUUUCCAUUUUAUUAGAAGACUAUCCAUUAAAAUUUUGGUAAGCUGCUUAUUCAACAUGAUCCUUAUGGGCACUUUCCUGUUCAACUGUAUAUUUCUGACAAACCUUAACUCUCCAGAUUGGAUAGGCUACUUUGAGUUCUUUUUUAUUGGACUAUACACUUUUGAAAUCCUUAUUAAAAUCCUUGCAAGAGGCUUCUGUAUAGGGCCAUUCACAUUCCUUCGUGAUCCCUGGAACUGGUUUGAUGUCCACAUUCUUGCCUAUGCGUAUCUGAGCAUAUUUGUAAAUCUAGGCAGUAUUUCAGCUCUUGGAUUUUUCUCAUUUUUGAGAAUCUUGAAAGCUAUUUCUCUAACCACAGGUACAAGGAUUAUCAUGGGUACUCUGACUCAGUCAGCAAAGAUGUUUUGUCAUGCAGUGAUCCUAACUGUGUUUUGUUUGAGUGUCUUUGCUGUUAUGGGGAUGCAGUUAUUCAUGGGCAGCCUGAAGAAUAAAUGUUUACCAUUGCUUCAAGAAGAGGGAAAUAUGACUGAUAUUCUAUCAGACAAUGGAAGUAAGCAUCACAAUUCCACUUGGCACUUCACACAGUACCUGGCAGAUAAAAUUGACAGGUUUCAUUUGGAAGGAGAAAUGAAUGCUCUCCUUUGUGGCAAUAGUACAGUGGCUGGUCAAUGUCCAGAAGGAUACAUAUGUGUGAAAACCGAUGAAAAUCCUGAUUAUGGCUACACAAAUUUUGAUAAUUUUGGCUGGGCUUUUUUGUCCCUCUUCAGAUUAAUGACCUUGGAUUUUUGGGAAAGCCUUUACCAACAGACCCUACGAGCUGCUGGGAAGACAUAUGUGAUCUUUUUUGUGAUUGCAAUUUUCUUUUGCUCCUUCUAUCUGGUAACUUUGAAACUGGCUGUAGUUGCCAUGGGUUAUGAAGAGCAGAAUCGGGCAGCCAUUAGAGCAGCAAAUCGAAGACAGGUGAAAUACCAAGCCAUGCUAUACCGAUGCAAAAAGGAGCAAGAAGCAGCUGAGGCAAUGACAGCUGUUGAAGCAGUUGAAAAGAAAAAGACUGGCAAAGAUCAAAGUUUUGAAACAUCCAUUGAAAUCUUAGAUCUUACUAAUGAGACGAUGGAACAAAGGAAGAAAGAGAACCAAGAGAAGCAUACUGAGAGAGAGGAAAAGGAAAUCGAUGCAAAAUUGCAUCAAUUUGAAUCAGAAGACUGCAUCAGAAAAAGAGUUUCCCAUCAUGUUAUAAACACUCAGAGAAUAAUAUAUGAAAAAGGGUCAAUUACACAGCAGGGAAGCACUAUGCAAGUUGACAAGAAGGAAAAACAAAUAAAAACUUGUCAGGUUUCUAUGGAUAUGCUGGAAGAUCCCACUGUUAGAGAAAAAGCAAUCAGUGAAACCAACAUAUUAAACAGCAUGAAUGAACUUGACAAGUGUAGGCCAAGAAGUUGCUGGAAGAGAUUUGCUAAAAUGUUUCUAAUCUGGAAUUGCUGUCCACUUUGGGUAAAAUGUAAAGAUUUUGUUCAUUCCAUUGUCAUGGAUCCAUUUUUUGAUUUGGCCAUUGUUAUUUGUGUCAUUAUGAACCUAUUGUUUAUGGCCAUGGAUCACUACCCAAUGACUGAGGAAUUCUUCUAUGUCCUCUUUGUGGGACACCAGAUAUUUACUGGAAUUUAUGUAUUGGAAAUGAUUUUGAAAAUUAUUGCAUUGCAUCCAUAUAAUUACUUUCAAGAGAAGUGGAACAUAUUUGACAGUUUUAUUGUGACCCUUGCUUUAGGGGAAGUUGUGAUUUAUUCCUUUUGGAUGCCUAAUGCACUCCGUGUUUUCAAAAUGACAAAAUAUUGGCCAAUGAUGAAAAUGAUGAUCAAGAUUCUUUGGUACUCUGUGAAGGCUCUUAGAAGCUUGACAUUGGUGUUGGUUAUCACCAUUCUUCUUUUUGCGGUGAUUGGCCUGCAGUUUUUUGGUCAGAGCUACAAAGAAAAUGCCUGCAAGGUUAAUCCUGAUUGUUUACUUCCACGUUGGCAUAUGCAUCAUAUCUUCUACUCCUUUCUAAUUGUGCUCCGGGCACUGUGUGGAGAAUGGAUAGAGACCAUGUGGGACUGUAUGGAGGUGGCAGGGCAAUCCAUGUGCCUUGUCUUUUACAUGGGGAUUAUUGUCAUUGGAAACCUACUAGUACUUAUCCUUUUCGUGGCUUUGGUGAGCUCAUUUAUUUCAGAGAACUCUGCAAUGAGUGAUGUGAAAGCUGAUUCACAAAAUCUCCAUCUUGCAAUGGCAAGGAUUAAAAAGGGGAUCCAUUAUGUGAAACGAACUUUAUUUGAUCUCAUUACAGAAGCUUUUACUAAGAAGCAAACUAUUUCAAAAGAGACCAAAAGAGUGGAAAAUCUAAGUAUGGAAAAGAAGAAUGAUACAUCCACCCACUCAGUUAACAAAAUAAGCAAUAAUCAAGAUUUCCAGAAUGAAAAAGAGGGAACCAAUGUCUCUGGCAGCAGCAUGGAAAAAUAUAUGAGGGACAAUAGUUCCUCUCAGUCAUCUAUUCACAAUCCCAGUUUCCCAAUGCCAGCACCAAUUGCUCUUGCAGAAUUUGAUUCUGAAAAUGCAAACACCAAAGAAUUUAGCAGUGAAUUUGAUAUUGGUGGCAGCAAUGAGCCACUUAACCCCAAUUCUAUUUCCCCUGAAGACAGCAUGGCUCCUAUUCUUGGUCCUGAGGAGGAACAAGUCAUGGAUGAAUCUGAAAAAUCAGAUGAACCAGGAGCCUGUUUUUCAGAUGGUUGCAUGCGAACGUUUCCUUUCUGUGGAGCCAGUAGGAAGGCUAAGAAAGGGAAGAUCUGGUGGAAGCUGAGGAAAACUUGCUACCAGUUAGUAAAACACCGUUGGUUUGAAAUGUCCAUGCUUCUCAUCAUCUUGCUCAGCUGUGGUGCUCUGACUUUUGAAGAUAUAAACCUUGAAGAGAGAAAGACCAUCAUGAUUAUACUUGCAUAUGCUGACAAGAUUUUCACUUGCCUUUUCAUUAUAGAGAUGCUUCUCAAAUGGAUGGCAUAUGGUUGUAAAGCAUAUUUCAGUAAUGCCUGGUGCUGGCUAGAAUUCUUGGUUGUUAAUGUCUGUGCUUUAAACUUACUGGCCAAUUAUCUAGGAUACUCACACUUUGCUGCUCUGAAAUCCCUGAGAACACUAAGAAUUUUAUCUGGAUUUGAAAGAGUAAGGGUGGUUGUGUCUACAUUAGUACGAGCAAUUCCUUCCAUCCUGAAUGUGCUUCUAGUCUGCCUUACCUUUUGGCUAAUUUUUAGCAUUAUUGGAGUAAAUCUGUUUGCUGGCAAGUUCUCAAAAUGUGUUAAUACUAUAAGUACUGAAAGUUUUCCUGAAAAUUUUAUCCAAAAUAAGUCUGAAUGUGAAAUACUUAUGCACACCAGCAUAGAUGUGAUCCUUGGAAAAUUUAAUGGAGAUGUUGAGUGGAAAAAUGCAAAAGUGAAUUUUGAUAAUGUUGGAAAUGGUUAUCUUUCUCUCUUUCAAAUAGCCACAUUUAAAGGAUGGAUAGAUAUCAUGUAUUCAGCUGUCGAUUCACGUGAUGUAGAUAUGCAGCCUAAGUAUGAGAACAAACCCUACAUGUAUCUUUACUUUGUCACUUUUAUCAUCUUUGGAGUGUUCUUUCCAAUGGUCCUUUUCAUUGGUGUUAUCAUUGAUUAUUUCAAAAACCAAAAAAAGAUAAGUAUUCUUUUCUUAUUUGAUUCACUUGGAGGUCCAUCCAUCUUUAUGACAGAGAGGCAGAAGAAAUACUACAAUUCAAUGAAAAAGCUGAGGUGCAAAAAGCCAAUCCCUCGCCCAAGGAACAAAUUCCAAGGAUAUAUAUUUGACCUUGUAACAAAAGAUGCUUUUGAGAUUACCAUCCUAGUGCUUAUCUGUCUUAACAUGAUGACAAUGAUGGUGGAGACAGAUACACAAAGUGACUAUAAGACUAGAAUUUUGUACCAGAUCAACCUAGUAUUCAUUGGACUGUUUGCUGGAGAAUGUGUGCUGAAGCUCAUCGGCCUCCGCCAUCACUAUUUUACUGUAGGCUGGAACAUCUUUGAUUUUGUGGUGCUCCAUAUCUCAAUUGCAGUUAUACUGCUAAGUGAUUUGAUGCAGAAAUAUUUCCUGACCUAUUCCCAGAUGCAAGUGAUCCGUCUCCUCAGGUGUGGACGAGUCUUGAAUUUCAUUAAAGGAACCAAGGGUAUGGGAACACUGCUCUCUGCAAUGAUGCUGUCCCUUCCUGCUUUGUUGAACAUUGUGCUUCUGUUGUUUUUGGUCAUGAUUAUCUAUGCUAUUGUAGGAAUGUCCCAAUUUGCCUUUGUAAAGAAAGAUUCUGGAAUAAAUGAUAUGUUCAACUUUGAAACCUUUGGAAACAGCAUGUCUUGCCUCUUCCAAAUCACCACAUUUGCUGGUUGGGAUGGUUUGCUAGCACCAAUUCUAAAUACAAGACCACCAGACUGUGAUCCUGAAAAACUUCACCCACAAAGUUAUGUGAAAGGAGACUGUGGAAGUCCCUCUUUUGGGAUUUUUUAUUUUGUGAGUUAUCUCAUCAUAUCCUUUCUGUUGAUUGUAAACAUGUUCAUUGCUGUUAUCUUUGAGAUUUUCAGUGCUGUGAGUGAAGAAAAUGCCAAAUCCCUGAGUGAUGAAGCCUUUGACAAUUUCUAUGAAGUUUGGAAAAAAUUUGAUCCUGAUACAACUCAUUUCAUAGACUGUAGUCAGCUCUCUGAUUUCGUUGCUUCCUUGGAUCCUCCUCUUCUUAUAGCAAAGCCAAAUAAGGUCCAGCUCAUAGCUAUGGAUCUGCCUAUGGCACGAGGGAAUCGAUUGUUCUGUCCUGAUGUCCUGUUUGCUCUUGCAAAACGUGUUAUGGGUGAAAGUAAAGAGUUUGAUCGUCUCCAUUUACCAAUGCGUGAGCAGUUUCUAUCAUCAUGUCUUUUCCAAAUUUCCUUUGAACCAGUUACUACUACCAAUCAGAAACAAGAGCAGGUAUCAACUCCACUUAUUCAGCAUACUUUAGAGGAAUAUGUAUCAGGUACAUAUAAUAACAAAGAUGAAAAGAGAGAGGAUUCAAUUAUGGAAGAUGAUAUAAUUUUUGAUUCAGUUGAUGAGAAUUGUGCUUUAGAGAAAGUAGAUGGCAUAAGUCAUUCUCACACCCCAACAGCUUCAUUGGGUAGUCCAAUAGAACAAAAGAAAGAAACAUAAAACAACCCAGAUAGGAAAGGGAAAAAAAGGAAAAGGUAAUAGAAAAAAAAAAAGGAAAAGUAAGUAGAAAUUCCAUUUUACCAGCAAUUGGUUAAAACGUAAGAAUAUGACUGAUUUUGAAAACAGGAUUAAUUUAUGAAGUUUAUACCAAA